UGCGCACUUUUGUAUCUUAUUCCUUUUAACGCGCAGCCGCAAGGUCUGUCCUUCUGUGAGUGCUUGUCGGUUUCUGUGUCCUUUUGGCUGCUUUUAUUUCCGCCUUUUCUCCUUCAACGUCUCCAUCAUGUUUAGUGCGGCCGUCCGAUUCACUGCCUCAGGGAUUCGCAGUCUGACAAGAAAGCCUCCUGUGUAUUGUGCACCUGUGCCCACACGUUGUUAUUCCCAUGGCAAACAAGAGACAGAUGAAGAAUUUGAUGCCCGCUGGGUUACCUACUUUAACAAGCCAGAUAUUGAUGCUUGGGAGCUUAGGAAAGGAAUGAACACCCUCAUUGGCUACGAUUUAGUACCUGAGCCAAAGAUUCUUGAUGCAGCACUUCGAGCUUGCCGAAGGCUAAAUGAUCUUGCCAGUGCAAUCCGGAUUUUGGAAGCAGUUAAGGAUAAAGCUGGCCCUCACAAGGAAAUCUAUCCUUAUGUCAUUCAGGAACUUCAGCCAACACUUAAUGAGCUGGGUAUCUCUACACCAGAAGAGCUUGGCAUUGACAAAGCAUAGAGCUGGUGUUUCUGAGGGCUGAACUUUCUGGUUUGACGGGUCUUCUUUGAAAUGUCCUUGGAGAUUAAUGUGUGUAAUAUUUAAAGUUGAUCUUUAUUCCCUGCAGUAUGUAUUAAAAACAAAUAAAAUGAUACUGUU